AUGAUUUGGCAGGGAUUGCGCUUGGUGGCCAGCAGCCUGCUAGGGCCGGUCUUAGACCUGGUGCUGGUGGACGUGGCCGCCUUGGGCGUGGUGUUGGAGUUGGUGGCCGCCUUGGGCGUUGUGUUUGCCUGGGGCGUGGCGGCCGUGGCUUGGCCAAUGCUUUCAGGGCAAGAGCUAGGGAAGUUUCUGCAAGACCUCACAAAAGCAGUUGAAAAAGUCUUGUCUGAAAACCUGGUGAUCAUGGACGCAGAGCCUCCUGGCUUGCAAGCGAUCCAAAGCAACAGGUCUGCAAGUGGAAAGGCAACUUCUUGGGUUGGACCCUGGUUCCGAACAUGGAUCUGA